GCUCGGAGGCGGCCUCCUGCCCUCUAGGGAAAUGGAUCCUGUGUCUGUCUCGGUCCAGGGGGGCGGGGAAAGCGCGGGUGAAGCCGUCCUCUUCCUCCCUCCCUGGUGCAGGGCUGAGCCUGGAUCUGAGAAACGGAGUCAUCUCUGAGCUCCCCGCUUGGUGUUUGGGCCGCGGCAGUCGGAGGAGGAACAUGGCGCUCGUGGGCAACCGGGCAGAGCUGGAGGCGGACGAGGACAUCUUUGAAGAUGCCUUGGAUACCAUCUCUAUGGCACGAACAGUUAUGGCAACAAGCAGCCAUCACUUGGCAUCCCUGGAUACAAAACAGGCAUCUGGACAGCAUGGAACAUCUAAUGUGAGCAGGUCACCAUCAAGUAAGGUGGAUCUCAAGAGUGGCCUAGAAGAAUGUGCAGUGGCAUUGAAUUUAUUUCUUAGUAACAAAUUUACAGAUGCCUUAGAAUUGCUUCGACCAUGGGCUAAAGACAGCAUGUACCAUGCCCUGGGCUACAGUACCAUUGUCGUGUUGCAGGCUGUCAUGACCUUUGAGCAACAGGACAUCCAAAAUGGCAUAUCCGCCAUGAGGGACGCCUUACAAACCUGCCAAAAAUAUAGAAAAAAAUGCACAGUUGUGGAAACCUUUUCAAGUCUUCUUUCUAGAGGAUCAUUUGAACAGCUGACUGAAGAGGAAAUGCAUGCUGAAAUCUGUUAUGCCGAGUGUCUCCUACAGAAAGCAGCACUCACGUUUGUUCAGGAUGAAAAUAUGAUCAACUUCAUCAAAGGUGGACUCAAAAUUAGAACAAGUUACCAAAUAUAUAAAGAAUGUCUUUCUAUCCUGAAUGUAAUUCAGAACAAAAAAGUUGAACAACAGUUUUUCUAUGAAUUUGAAGGGGGUGUCAAGCUUGGAAUAGGGGCCUUUAAUUUGAUGCUGUCUCUUUUACCAGCACGGAUUAUCAGGCUACUAGAAUUUAUAGGAUUUUCUGGAAAUAGGGAACUGGGCCUCCUGCAGUUACAGGAAGGUGCAUCAGGAAUGAGCAUGCGGUCUCCACUGUGCUGCUUAACUAUACUAGCUUUUCAUACUUAUAUCUCCCUAAUACUUGGUACAGGAGAAGUGAAUGUUGUGGAAGCAGAGAAUCUCCUUGCGCCCUUCCUCCAGCAGUUUCCAAAUGGCUCACUCAUGUUGUUUUAUCACGCCCGGAUACAGCUGCUAAAAGGGAAUGUGGAAGAGGCACAAGAGACAUUUCGAAAAUGCAUUUCAGCUCAAGAAGAGUGGAAACAGUUUCACCAUCUCUGUUACUGGGAGCUGAUGUGGAUUCAUGUAUACCAACAAAACUGGAUGGAGGCGUAUUACUAUUCAGAUCUGCUUUGCAAAGAGAGUAAAUGGUCUAAGGCAACAUAUGUGUUCUUGAAAGCUGCAAUUUUGAGUAUGCUUCCAGAGGAGGAUGUUGAAUCCACUAAAGAGAAUAUCAUAACUUUAUUCAGGCAGGUAGAUGGCUUGAAGCAGAGAAUUGCUGGGAAAUCGAUCCCUACUGAGAAGUUUGCUGUGAGGAAGUCUCGUCGUUACUCUGCCUCCUUACCUGCACCUGUGAAACUCACCUUGCCUGCCCUGGAAAUGAUGUAUGUCUGGAAUGGUUUUCCAAUAGUGAGCAAAAGAAAAGACCUUUCUGAAAAUCUGUUGGUAACUGUUGAAAAGGCUGAGGCAGCUUUACAAAAUGACAACCUCAAUGACUACUCUGUAGAUGACGAAUGCCUGGUGAAGCUGCUGAAAGGAUGCUGUCUGAAGAACUUACAACGGCCUCUGCAAGCAGAAUUGUGUUUCAAUCAUGUUAUCCAAAGUGAAAAGCUACUGAAGUAUGACCACUACCUAGUGCCAUUUACCCUGUUUGAGUUGGCGUGUUUGUACAAAAGCCAAGGGGAAAUCGACAAGGCCACAAAGGUCCUGGAGACUGCAAGAAACAACUACAAAGAUUACUCUAUGGAGUCCAGACUACACUUCAGACUUCAAGCAGCUCUGCACCUCUGGAAAAAACCUUCCUCAGAUUGACCAGAAUGUGAAGGACACACCAACAUCUACUAUAGAUUAGACCUUGUAUUACAAGUGGAAACGUGAAUCUUGUGAAUGAGAGACAAAGAAAAUUCCCUAAUUUUAUUGUCAAUAUUUUCUGUCAUCUCUGUGGUUUACUGUUGGUCUACAUAAAUGUUUUUCCCUCCUAUGGAAUGAUACUGUCUAGAAAAUUCUUAUAUUUUGCUUCUCCAAAAUGUUGGAGAGUAAAGAAGUCUUUUAAGGGACUCACAGGUACAAUAAAGUCUAAUUAGAUUAUUUAUUUUUUUAAUGUGGAAAUUAAUAUUGUUUAAGUAGCAAAUGACUUGUAAGUUAGGCAGUUUUUAGAUUUGUUAAAUUCCGGAGAUACUUUGUUGCUUGGUAUUUAAGUUUGAGAGGAGAAAUUAAAAUCACCUACAUUCAAAAUAGCUUCAUAAUAACUUGAUGACAAUUCCAGAAAAAGAAGGCAAUGGUUGUGGACAGGAACAAGAUAAUAUACUUAGUAGGCUGAAGAGUUUUGUAUCUAGAAAAGAUAAUGAAAUAUUGUAUUUUUUUAUUCUUUAUGUAAGUUAAAAAUGGUGACAUUUUGAGAGCUUAUCCUGUUUUUGAAUGUAUUUAAGUCUGUUAUAAUAAUUCAAAAAGCUCUGAGUAGCUUAAGGGAAGAAAAAGUCAUAUUUUAUAAAUUAUCCUCAACCUUAGUUAGCAAUGUGAGCUGAAAAUAGGAAAGUUCCUGCUGCAUUCUUGAUAUACAAAAUAUACAAAAUAUACAAAAUAUCAAUAAGUUUUAUACUCAUGAUGUUGGAGUGUAAGAUCCAGUUUUCUAAUCUCUCUAGCACUGUGACGGUUCCUUGUAAAAUCUGGACUGUGCUUAGUCCCUUAAUUGGGAAACACUAUCAGAGACAUUGAGCAAAGAGAGCCUGACUCUGGUCCUGGUUCUGCUGCUGGUUAGCAGUUAACAGGGUGACCUUUAGGGAGCUCUCUGCUCACUGCCUCACCAUGUUUUCUUUGUCUCUGAAAUGGAAAUUGAACAGUUGACGUUCAAACUCUCUUUCAGUCUUAUAGCUGUGAGUCAAUGCAUUAAGUAUUUAUUUUUGGCAAUUAAUGUUAAAAUGUUCAAUCCCAACCAUUCCUAUUUAGAGUAUGCUUUAAUUUGCAAUCAUCACUAUCUCUGUCCCCUCUCCUCCAUAUGUAUGUGUUUAUGUAUGUGUUAUGGCUAAGGACAAGAUUGUAUCCAGAGAUAGGAGAAACAAUUUGAGAACUGAUGAAUCAGGGUUUUGUCUUAUUUCUAUUUCUAUUGUGAGGAAGAAUAAGUUGUCAUGGAAGCUUCUACAGUUUAGCAGAAACAGCUCCAGAUUGGGAGUCAGGUGCUCAUAUCUGUAAGUUAAUGGUUCCCUGAGAUGGAGCAAGUCAUUCACAUGUUUUGAGGUUCAGUUUUCCCAGUGGGGACACCAAUAUAGUGCUUGGUGCUUGUGAGGGUUAAAUUAGAUAAUGCAUAGGACAGUUUUUUGUAAACUGAAAGGCUAUGUGAGUUAUUGUAAUAAUUAUGGUUUUAUGCACUGAUCAUAUCUACUCAAAGGUUUUGGCUGAGCCUCUGAUCUUUGAUAUAAAAUUAAAAAGCAUGUAAAUUCAGAUACUUUAACUUUAUGAAUGUGUUUGGUACUGACCAUAGCUCAGAGUGUGAAUUCGUUCUCUGUGAAUUCGUUCUCUGCUCUUUAUUCCUGCCCACUUGAGCCUGUGCUUAGCAGGUUUUUGAUCCUGUGUUUUUUAAGUUGCUAAUUCUUGAACAGUACUAAGUAUGGAGUUAAUGCAACUCAAGUCAGAAUACCCUCACCCCAUCAGAUAGUAAAGUGGUAGAUCUCAGUAUGUGCUGUUAAUAUGAAUGAAAUCAAUAUAACUACAGACGAAAGAGGACAUUAAAUUAAUAUAUUAAAAUUGUGGAAAAUGUGGUCAACAUUAUCUUGUAUAUUAUUUAGAAAAAAGUUUAUACAUACCUUAGAAAAGUUUUGGUGGCAUUAUUUUUUUAAAAAACAGAAACACCCAUGUGAAAUGGAAAGUGAACAGUUGAAAUCAGUUGAAACUGCAAAUCAGAAUGAAAAUUUUCUUUCUGGUAUAAAAUGAAAAUUUAAACUAACAAUGGUCAUUUAAAAUUUUUAUUUUAACUCUGCAUUACCAAGAAAAUAUGAAAUAAAUUCAUAUCUCCCAUUUAAAUUUUUUCUUUGUUAUUCUUUACUCUGUAUUUAUUAAUGCUUCCUAAUCAUUUUAUAGUUACCUGGUAAUAUGGAUAACCUAGUAGAUUUUGGUAGAUUAUCCAGCAGAUUUUUACAUGGUGUAAUAUCACAUAAAAAAAUUUGUUUCCUGCGCCUUGUGUAAGACACCAUGCUGGUAUCAGUUCCUUGUGACAUCAACUAGUAUUAGAUUUUUGAAUUUACUUUGUGAUUCAGGGUGAUCUGUGAAGAAUGAGUACUGAAGUGACAAUGUUUUUAUCUAAUGUUCCCAGGGGCAUAUGUGAUGGGAUUUGGCUGCCAGGAAGUCUGUGCAAUUUGUGUAGUUCCUGGUAUAAUUGCCUUUUUUUUUUUAAUGGAGAAUCAGGAUUCUGAUUGGGGUUAUAUAAAUUCAUUACUCAAAUAGAGGUUAUACUUUGUAGGACUGGUGACAAGAAGGAUGAUUUCUCUUUGACAUUAAUGGAAGAUUAACUAUAUCAGAUCUUAUAUGUACAUGUAUUUUAAUGUUUUCUGUGCUUCUCCUGGAUACAAGAAGGUCUCAUUUAAGAAGUUUAUUGAUUCUCUGUCUCUUCAAAAGACAGAAAUAAGAAGUGGUAGAAGCUGUAGGGAGGUGAAUUCCAGAUUAAUCAGGCUCAGUGAAGACUUAAUCAUUGAAACAUCCAAUCUAACUUGUGUGUGUGUGUGUGCGCGCGUGUGUGCGUGCGUGCAAGGGAAUAACUAUGGCAUUCCUAUCUGGCCUGGAAGCUUGAAACUUUCAGGUAACUCUAAGACUCUUUUAUUAAACUAAUUAAACAAAGGUAUUUGUGACCAACUAGAAAGAUUUCUAGAACUACUCUAAUUCUUCACUGCUUUCCCCCCUAUUUUCCUUAGUUAUAGUCUUAUAAUUACUAAUCAUAAAGUCAAACCCAUUUAGCUAAUAAAAGCUCCAGUGACCAUUUUGAAGCCGUUAGAUUUUGUCUUUCAUCUGUCUUGGAAAAGGUCUUGAGAAAUUAAUAGUGCUCUCCCCAAGCUCUAAAUAGUGUUGUUUCUCUUUUAGUCCUGCUCUGUCUGACAUUUUAGCCACUCUCCACAUGUGGCUGUCGAGCCCCUGAAACAUGACGAGUGGUACAUGUUGGAAUGAUGUGCCUGUUGGAACUUAAACACACAAGCUCUGUUUUAUGUAAAUGGCUGUUUCUGUUGUGCUUCCUGAAAUUCUGACUUUCACUCGUCCACUAUGAUUACUAUAGUUGCGUUGCCAAUUAUGUUUCAAAUUUAUGAUGGUUGCUUUUUUGGUUUAAGUGUCCAAAAACCUGCAUUUCAGCAUGUUUAUUUUGCAGGUGAUGAGAAGUCACUGGCAUGGGUGAGCAUUAUUUCCUCUUAUCCCCAGAUGCUGAUACACCAGACUGAAAGAUGUUAUUUUAAGAUUAUUAUUUUAUUCUGAUUUUAUAGACAUUCCUCGCUUUUUCAGAAGCAACAGCACAAACUGUUAGAGUUAUCGAGAAAGUGACUCGCACUUUUGAGAUGUUAGUACAUUUUAUGAUUAAAGUAAUAUUUUCUAAGGUUAACAUUAUUUUGAAAAAUAGAGCGCUCUUUUUAAUUCCUUUAUAUUAUCACUGUUUCAUCAUUGAUUCAGCAAGACCAAUAUUGCUAUGUAAAGGUUUUUAGAGAGUAAUUGCCCAGUUAGACUCUAUUAGUUGGCAUAUGGUUUAUUUGUUAUAUAUUUUAUGCCUUUUGCUGCCUGCUAGUACCAUUUUUAAUGUGUAUGAUACCUGCAUAGUGUGCAUACAUAUCACUGACAUAUCUUUAACCUCUUUAGACAUUUCUUGAUCAGAAAACAACUUACAAAUAUUAAGUAGACAAUCUUUUAGACUGUUUUUCAGAAUGAGUUCAGAAAAACUCUAUCCUCAGAUCAAUUACUUACAUUUUUUUCAUUCAUGUGUCAGGUUGCUUGCUGCUGAAUCCUUGCUUCCCAUUGUGGUAGUUUUGUCUUUUAGCUCCUAGAUUUACUUACUUCAGAAUAUUGAAGUUGAAGUGUAAUGGAAAGGACACAUCAACAUUUAUCAUGAGGGGAAAACGUCUUCUGUGUUGAGCAGUUGCUGUCCGACCUUGACAGUGUUGAAAUUCAUUCCAGCAUCUUUAUAACUCUCCAACUACAGAAAGGAUGGAUGCAAGGACUAUUUAGCAGAUUGAGAAAGCUGACCAGGUUCUUAGCCUGAAUCAUACCAGAGGGACAUGUGGUUCUAGCUUUGGAGAAAGUCUAACCCCCAUCUGUCCAGCUUACAGGUGAGGCAACAUAGCCGUCUGUAAGACCUGUAUAUGGAAAAAUCAAAGCAGCCCCCUCCCUUGUAUUUAACUAAUCAUGAAUGCCUACAGAUGUCUACAGGUUGGCUAUUCAAUAGAAAAAUUCAAGGUACUUUAAUACUGAACUUCAUUAAGUAAAACUUAUUGCACAUUAAUAUGGAAUACACGUUGUAUGUGAAUCUAGUAAUUCUUAGAAACACAUUAUUUAAAUGAUGAAUGUAAGGGAUGCUGGCAUAUCCCACUGGGAGCUUUUGUUUUAUUGCUACUUAAGUAUUUUCUAGUAAAUAAGUUUUGAUUAUUGGUAGACUAUUUAGGGCCUCCGGGAGAGGGCAGAAGAUAGUCUCAGUGUAACAUAACUGGUAGUCAGAGAAAUCGGAUAUAAUGAAACAUGUUAAAGUUGCUUAUCAUUUCAGUUUUAAAGGAGUUACAUUAUUUUGAAAUGCUGGAAAGUCUUCCAUUUGAAAGGAUGACACGCCUGCUUUGAAAAUCAUGUAUACAUUUAAAUGCAUUCUUAUUUUUACUGGAGUCAAGUGUCCAGGUGGCAAUUUUGGGUAUAGUAAAUAAGUUUAAACAAUUUUCAUUAAUUCACUUUUUUCUGAAGUGAUUUUAUUGAUCAUAGUAGGUAAUUUCUUCCUAUACAGUGACUAUUUUUUAUUUAAUAAUGACAUGAAAAGAGAGAUUAUGGUAAACAUUAUAAAUCUUAGGCUAUUGAUUUAGUGGCUUAAGAAAAACAGUACCGUAGGGUUUUGUUUAACUGAAAUUUUCAGAAAGAGAACAUGUGUUUCACUGGUAUGUGCUAGGAAAAUUACUUCAUCUCAACAAUAUGUAUGUUCUCAUGUGUCAGGGGAAGAUUUUAUAACUAAAUAGUUUAUUAUUUUUUCCCAAUGCUAACUGUUGAUAUCCAAACACCUGAAUGAAUACCAGCUGACUCAUUGAUAUACUAGUGUUUUAAAAUCUUUAUUUGCAAAUGUUCAUAGAACUCUUGAAUUUUUUGACACAAAUUGCUAAAUCCUAUGUAAAGGCAAAAUAUAUAUUUAAUAAACAAGAAUAUUUUAUUACUGAAAUUUAUUUCUAACGCAAGCUUAUUUUGUAGGUUCUUCACUUGUGAAGUUUUCUGUUGCCUUAAAACACACAAACAAAUUAAACCUGUCUUGUCAUCUGGUCACCUAAAAACCUGUAACAUUCCCUUGACAUGUAGAGGGAUUUUGAAUUUCUUCAAUAGUGUGCAUUUUCCACCUUUGUUUGAAUUAAACAAAAGUAAAAUUGGAGGCCAUGGCAUUUCAUAAAUCAGUGAAUGAUUUCCUGUUGAAUCAUCAAAACUUCCUGUAUGUACUUUAUAAUUCAAUGUUUUAUUAGUAAAAACUGUCAGCAUUUUCUUUUUCUCCUCUUGUUAUAUUUGAGCUCAACCUAUCUUUCCCACUCCCAAUCAUCACAGUUUUAUAGAGCAAAAUAUUUUUAGAGAUUGAAGAUGUGCGAUGAAUGUAAGAUCUUCUAAAUAAGGUACAUGUGUUUGUAGCAUCCAUCUGCUGAUCAAAUAGCGUUGGAUCUGGUACCAGAAAAUGAAAUCAAUUGUAACUAUAAAAGCAUUUUAUCAAUACAUGUUGACAAGAAAACUGUGAACUUCUGAUAUUUGUAAUACAAAGACUGUUCCCAAUGAGUAUUCACUGGCUGAUUUUGUGUUAGUUAUCAUCUAUUAAUUGUAAUUAAUGCUGAUAGGAGACCUUAUUUUUCAACAUGAAGACAGCAGUUCUUGUAUCCUGUUUUUACCAUGAAGGCAUUUUUGAAAACUGAUGUCAUCUUAGAAAUUGUAUUUUUAAGUGCAAAUAAACCUUCACAACUUGAACGUCAACAGGUUUCUUUUCUUUUCCGUCCAUAUCACAGAAUACCCUGCAUUAUCAAACACAUGUUUAAUUUGCCAGAUAUUCUCAGAAUAAUAUAUUUUCAUAUUGCUACCGCCGGCUUACCUACAAUGUGCAAUUGAAUUGUUACUUAAAUAAAUUACACUUGAUGGAGU